AUUUGCCACUUGAAUCUGGUUAUUUCAUAAACCAUUUGAAAAGUGAGCCGUCAUCUCGUCAGGAACUGUAGCUGAAAGAGGAAGUGCAGGCUUUGGCAAUGACCCGGUUUAGGAUUCGAUUGGACAAUUUUUUUAUGUAAACAAGUCAUUUUAUGUUUUACCCAUUAAGUUUUUCAAGUCGUACCACGUACCAUUUUCUGUCACGUCUGGUUCUGAACUGUGACAUUCUAAUGAAGAAGUGACUAAUUUUAUGAGGCCAUGUUUGCAUUUAUUAUAGCACAUUUAAAUCAGUUUAGUCCAUUCAACACAGGCCAUGUUAAAUGGGAUGAGAUUAAUAUUUCAAUUUGCACAGCACCACAAUUAACAUGAACUUAUGCACAGAGACGUGCGCGGGGGCAAGUAAUUGGGUCAUAUGCAGAGGGGAAGGAAUAAACAUGAUAUAAUUGGCUUGCUAGGAUUCAUGAAUGUCUGCUCUAAUGUAUUUAUGACGGCUAAUCAGGAUUAGUGGAGCUGGGUCAUUACUCCAUUUUGUCAGUGUGAGAUACAAAGAGCGAGCCAAGAUAGAGGAGCAAAAACCUUCCCUGUCCCAACAUAAUAAAGGUACGCCAUGAGAUUUGUUACAUUGAAUGUACAAGUUUUUUUUCUUUUUGUUUUUAACAUUUUUUUUAAUGUUUUUAACAUGUUGUGUUACAUCAAAGGCUGAUACAUGCAGGAUGAUGUCAGGCCUGACUCCACACCUGCCAGUUCCUCGACCUUCCUAUUCCCAGGCCAGGGAGAACCUAGUGAGAGCAAUCCCACCCAAACUCCUCUGUCUGCUGGCCUGUGGAGGAAAGGACUGUCGCUACGAGGGGCCAGAGUGCUGGAAAUCCAACCAACAAGUCAUCCGAGGCCUUUUCUCUUCCUGGGUGACAAAUGAUAUCAUUGCAAUGGCCCGACCAUCCAAUCAACUAAUCGAGAAGUAUAACAUCGUGGAGCAAUUUCAAAGGUUAAAGAUCAAAUCAAUCAUCAACAUGCAGCUCCCAGGGGAGCAUGCACACUGUGGACCUACUCUGGACCCUGAAAGUGGUUUCACGUACCUUCCACAGACCUUCAUGGACAACAACAUUUACUUUUACAACUUUGGGAUGCCGGAUUUUGGAGUGACGUCUCUUGUGGGGCUCAUCGACGGGGUGAAAGUGUUGGCCUUUGCGGUGCAAGAAGGGCGGGUUGCUGUGCACUGCCACGCAGGUCUCGGACGAACAGGGGUCCUGAUAGCCUGUUAUUUGAUCUACACCCUUCGCAUCAGCCCCAGCGAGGCCGUUCACUUUGUGCGCAUCAGACGGCCUCGUUCUAUCCAAACGCGGGCGCAGAUAAAACAAGUGUUUGAUUUUGCCCGCCUGCUUGGCACACAGCUGGUUCAGUAUCCAGAUCUCAGCCUGCGGCACGGCGCUCCCUUUACCCUGCAGCACUACCUGAACCGACAGGCGCUGCUGCUGCACGGACAGGAAGCACGCAAACUCAGACACACGCCCAAGGUGGUGUAUCUCCUGUGUGUGCGCCUCUCCUGCUUGGCUCUGGGUCUGCCUUCUCCUCCAGAGGUCCAUGCUGAGCUAGAGAGGCGAUCAGCACUUAGGAUUUUAGGCAGGACUGUGAGAGAGACGCUUGUGUCCAAACAGUAUUUGCCCCUGCUGAACGAGCACUGUAAGGCCCCGAGGGCUAGCUCAGGGUCAGCGUCCUCCUGGGAUGAGCCUAGGGAGUUUUUGGAGAGGAGGUGGGAGGUGUUGUUGGACAAACGGAGCUACAGUGACUCUGACCUUAGCAGGAUCUAGGUUUUUAUUUCUCUCCUAAAUGAGCAGGAAGUGAGCUCCCUGUGCACUGCUGCACUCAGAAAUGAGAAGCACUGGUGUGUCCAGGAUCUAAUACAGGCUGGUCUGAGACCAGUUAGUCCAGUCUUUGGCCAAAGUCUAUCAACUCAACUCACCACUAAAAGGGAAAAUCCAUCCUAUCAAAUUCAAGAGUGUGAAAGAACGAGCCACAGCUGCGGGAAGAGGACAAAGUGUUCAGAAACAAAGGGAAAACAAAAGUUCGCCUCCAACCAGGAGUUGAACAGAAAUCCACAUAAUCCCAGUCCAACCUCAAUGGCCCGCCUUGUUGCCAAAGCAAUGGCAGAACCAGAUCCUCCAGGUGAAUCCGUUCUGCAGAGGUCUACUCUGCUGCAGGAGGAGUUGAAUAGCAGUGAUUGUGGGUGGUCUCUGCUGGUUACAGAGUCUGACCCACAUGUUCUCUCGUGGCUCUUGUGGACCUGGCUGGAGAAGCUACGGGAACCUGUUCUGAACAAUGAAGAUGUGGCAAAGUUGUAUCCCAGAGGAAGCAACAGGAUGCCUCUUAGUGCCCUCAAGAAGUCGCAGAGGCAUACCAUCUAUUGUCUGCUGAGUUGUGUGAGCACAGUGGUCAGCGUGUGUCCACACAGAGAGGAUGCAGUGCUCCAAAGGCUGAUGUGUGCACUCACCAAGCACCCUCAGGAGGAACUGGGAUGCUUUGCAGCUUUGAUGAAAGUCCUGAAGGCCAGUUUAAGAGAAACCUUCCACAACAAGAGACACCUCAUGAGGGUCUGCAGCACCAAUGCAGCGCUUUGAGGAGCAGAGUCAUGAAUUAAAA